AUGACAACAAAAACGACCAUUACCUUAUCACCAAUAAAACGUUGUAAUACGUCACCUAAUUUACAAAAACGUCGUAUUACAUCAAUCUUAACACAUCGUAAAUAUCAAACAAAUUUAUCAUUACCUAUAUCAAAUAUGAUUUCCUCGCCAACAACAACAAUUACUGUUAGUUGUGAACGAAAAAAUUUAUCAACAAAUAAUUUACCUGAUCUUGUUAAUGAUAUAUUAAUUGAUCAACAACGACGAGAAACUAUUACUAAUAUUGCACUUACAUUAAGAAAAAUAAGUGAUCAAAUCGACGAACAAAUACAAGUAAUAAUAAAAUCUUAUUGA